AUGAACUUGUUAAGACCAGCCGUACAAGUGUCUUUAAAUUUGAGACGGGCAGCCAGCUCCUCGUACAGGAGCAUAAAUCUGUCUUACGCUUUCAAACCUGAGGUACUUCUUCUACUUAGUCUAUUUGCCCGACGGACUUUUGUUUCAUUUCUCUGAGGUACAUUUAUUUAUGGGAUCACAAGGCCGUGGUCUGAACUAUCCAUCUAUAGCCAUUUGGCACACCCCUAAGUUACAGUUUGUGUAUCCUGUCCUAGGGUUAGGUUCAGCUAAUUCGUUCAAGGGGCCACAUUCAUUUUUUGCCUGCCCAGUGAAAAGACGAUUUUUGCAUACCCAAUUGCUUUUUGUAUGCAAAGACCAUAGUCUUACGGAGACUUUCGGCAUUAGCCAAUGUAAUAGAUCUGUCGUCAGUUUUUCCUCCACAUUGUGUGUGGGGCCGGCCGUGGCCGCGUAGUUAUGAUUGACGUCUUUCCGGUGAUGCGAAUAGGAAACGAAUGUCCUGUCUUGUUGCGCGCCUAAUCGGCCUCUCUCCCAAGCUGACUUAACAGCAUAAUGAGUAGUGUGCUACCUUGCUCACCAGAGUCACGAGAAUUUGGUGUACAAGACGCCAGUCAUGACGGUAAUUUAUUGCCAAAGGCUAUGGCAUUCUGACCGCAACUUCCUUAAGUCAUUUCGGUACUUUUCUCGCAAGAUAUUCGCGUUUUAUCGGUGAAUCUUAUGCAACUACUGUUGUGAGCAAGCGCGUGGAACGAUGUAAGACUGGUUGCCAUUGGUCCUCAUGACUAUCUCCUAACUGGCCUUCAACGACUGAUAGGUUGGGAAUUUUAUCAUGGGCUGUGUGCGUUUCCGCCAGAAAAAAGGCUAAGUCUCGUGAAGGGAGCUUAAAUCUUGCUGCUGUGGAUUUCUAUGAUGCACUGCUUCGAAUUUCGCGGACAGGGUUUGUCUGGUCAUCGGCAGUUCUCGUCGAUUUCGACUAUGCUUGUCGCACGAAGUAUUUGAGCACCUAACACGGCAACUUCCCAUAAGUAUUUUUAGCGUUUGGUGACAGAGCCCAUUGACGCCUUGUCGAGGUUAAGAUUUUUAUUUUUCUUAACCACUGUAACCCAUGCCUUGGUUCGGCUAUCUUGGGGAGUUUGCAGUUCUGAUGAUAUAGUUCAGACCAUCGUGGUAUCGUUAGCUACGGAGGCUUCCGCGGGGCAUACUCGAAACAGCAAAGACCUUACGCACUUAGGAGAGCUCUCAGUGCCUAAGGCUGUUGUCGAAACCGUCCUUUACUACUGCUUUCCGUCUAACUAUCGAUUUGUUCGACAACUAAAGCCUCUAAGUAUUACAGCGUUGGUGACGCUUACGUGAGCUGCCGUUUGAGAUAGGUUAGUCAUGCUUUGCGUCAACAUCGGAUAUACGCGCCUGCGAGUGCUCCGAUACCUUAUCCAAAGUAGCACGGAAAAUGGACAAAUGACGUUAGGUAAUCCUGAGGGAAAUCCCAGGUUUUAUUUUCCACAGUGUUCAGGAGUGCAACAGUGGUAUAGAGACGAAUGUCUUUGAGAUUUUAGCUAGACACUCCAAAGCAAAUAUCCAACCGGCUCCCAACACAAUGGGAUUUGGGACCGGCUAAAUGCGGCUUGGUGAUAGUUGUUGAAAGUAGAAUUGAAUUUUAAAAUACGUAGUACGCAAUGACUAAAAAGUCCAUUCCGGCGGUGUCGGAUUGUUCAGACCCGGAGUUGUUUUUGACUGGCCUAAUAAGACGGGAAACGAACACCCUAGUCCCCCUUAUCUUUGUUACGACUGCCUGCGAGGGCUCUAGGUGGAGCUGCAUGGCACAAUGUACGGUUUUUGAUGGAGAAUUCGCCAUAUUUUUAUCUGACAAAUAAGGUAGAAGAAAAUAAUUUACUCUCUUUGCCCCUAGGUUCUUCCAGAAACCGAAGAAGGAAAUUGGCGGAACAAUAAAUUGCCUCGGGAAUAUGAACGCAUGAUGCAGAAAGUCAUGUUCCGCGUUGGACCUACCACUGUAGGCACCAAACGUCUCCACCGCAUGUGUAUGGGCAAGCGGGAGACGAAGUUUAGUGAGGCUGCGCGUAUGUCUACCCCUCAGGGUCGUGAAAUCCUCUACCGCCGUCUUAUUGACGGGAGACGCACACUCUGGCCAUUUGGAAAGUAG